AAAACGUUUUGCCAAUUCAUUUCAGCGCACUGCACACUGUUAGGAUGACGAACUGCGCCAAGGGUAGCUUGCUGCUUCUGCUCUUCAUUUCGGUCUCUUGGGCUUUUCCGACCGGAGACAGCGAAACAACCCAACUAGUGAGACCAAGAUGCAGGCCAUGCGAAAACCAUGGGCCAGUCUUUCCUACAGACUACGUAUGCGUUCCGAGGAAUAAAGCGGUCAGGCUACGUGUUAGCAAAGCACCGUCCAGAAGUAACAGCGGAGACAGUGACGAAGUGGGAAGCUUUUUGGCCAUGUUGACUGAGAUGUAUAAAGUUUCCAGAGGACAAACCGACUCGAAAGAACCAUCAAAGGUAGGAGGCAACAACAACACUCAAGGCAGCCAACAACAUUCCAACUCAGAUAAUGGACACUCAUACACCAGAGGAGGAAACAACAACAACCAAGACAGCCAGCAGCAUUCCAACUCAGAUAAUGGACAUUCAUCCACCAGAGGAGGAAACAACAACAACCAAGGCAGCCAACAACAUUCAAACUCCGAUGAUGGGCAUUCAUCCACCAAAGGAGGAGACAACAACAAUCAAGAAAACGAACAACAUUCAAACUCCGAUGAUGGACAUUCAUCCACCAAAGGAGGAGACAAUAACAAUCAAGAAAACGAACAACAUUCAAACUCCGAUGAUGGACAUUCAUCCACCAAAGGAGGAGACAACAACAAUCAAGAUAACGAACAACAUUCAAACUCCGAUGAUGGACAUUCAUCCACCAAAGGAGGAGACAACAACAAACAAGUAAACGAACAACUUUCAAACUCAAACAACGACGAUAAUGACAACGAUCAACAAUCGGCUCAGGUAAUGAACGUUCAGCCAAAGACCGAGGAAACGACAACGAUCAGAACGACCAACAUCAUUCACAACAAUACGAUAAUUGCAAAUAGUGAUCAGCCUGUGUUGGUUGGAGGAGGCGUCGUCGAUGAUCACGGCAGAGUCUAUUGAGCGGGUCAAUCAUAGAGACGCAGACUCAUUUUUGACCACAAGAAGGGACGAACAAAUGCAAGGAAUCUUUUGGAAUUAUUAUCACACAUUUUAAUAUUUAAAAUGUCGAUCGCUCUUAACUGAAAAUUGUUAUAAUUUUGAAGA